ACAGACGCGCACAGUGACAGACAGACAGCGGGACUUUAAAUACCUCGGAGCGUCUCUAACGGGACAUCUGACAGCUGAGAGGACCGAGACGCGUUCAGGUCCCUCCGGACAUCUUUUCCUCCCCCCGGCUCUUCUCCUCCUCUGAUGGAGCUGCAGCAAUUCCUGCACAGCCCGCACCGACCGCCCGCCGCCCGCCGCCACCGGGACUGAAGCCGCUCUCCGCUCGGUGUGUCCUCGUGACCGUGUCCCCUCCGUCCUCUCCGUCUUCCCGCAGGCCGCCGUCUCCUCCGUGACUCUCUGUUCCCAUGCGAUUCUUCAGACUCACAUUCAAGUGUUUCGUGGAUUGUUUUUGAAGGUCGCUGUCCGAGUGUUGGUUUAAUUCUCUUUAUUUUUUAUUUUAUCGUUUUAUUUUUUUUAUUAUUUUUUCUUUUGAUCGGAGCAGAACAUGUCUCCUGAUUAUUCGUAGACAUUCUUAAAUUGUGACCCUUUUACACGUGAAUUCGUCCCAAGAAAAUUGGAUUCAUACAUAAAACAAGAGAUCAUCUGUGGAUCAUCUGGUUCCGGCUGAAGUGAUCCGGGAUCCACCUGCAGCUCGCGCACAGGAACAAGAAUAAUAAUUAUAAUUAUUAUUAUUAUUAGAAGAAGAAGAAGGAGAAGGAGAUCCUGAACGGGACGGACUGACUCAUCCGUUUCUGAGGUCUGUGAGCUGCACAACUAACGGGACAAGAGACUGAAAUCACCAGUGCAACCAGUGCUCACUGACUGCUGUGUGACUGGUGUGUUAGUGGUGUGUGACUGGGAGGAAGGAACAGCAGAGCUCACCUUUUUAAAGGGACACAAAUCUGCAGGAUUAAAGGGGAAGUUGAGACUGAAAUUAUUCUGGAGGCAGAAAACAAACUGAUUUAAAGUGUUUCAAGUGAGAAAAACCUGCAGGAAUUAAAGGGAGCCUGAGAGGGACAUUUGGAGCUACAGCUGACUGGUGUCUAACUGGUUCCUGACUGGUGUCUAACUGGUUCCUGACUGGUGUCUAACUGGUGCCUGACUGGUGUCUAACUGGUUCCUGACUGGUGUCUAACUGGUGCCUGACUGUGGGAACGGUCAGGUCUUGACACAGAAACACAACAGAAAGUUUCAGGACUUGAAGGAAACUCAGAGACAGCCGCAGACCGAGGUCUUGGACCCUGUCCUGACUGGUUCUGAACUGGUUUGUGGACUGUGAGUGAUGGAGAAGCAGGCCCUGCCAGCCUCCUCCUGCUCUCUGGUUCUCCUGGAGGAGACCAAGAAGAACCCCCUCCUCCUGUCUAAUGGAGGUAGUGGCGGUGGUGGUUACCCACCUGCGGCCUCUAAUGGCAGCCUGGUCCCGCUGACCGCAGUGGUGGCGGGGUCCGGCAGCAGUGGCGGCAGUGUGUCAGGAGGUGCCUGUGGCGGACCGGACAAGAAAGUGGUGACGAGGGCGGGGCCAGGAUACCAGGAGCGGGAGACGUGGACGAGGCAGAUGGACUUCAUCAUGUCCUGCGUGGGCUUCGCCGUCGGACUUGGAAACGUGUGGAGGUUCCCGUACCUGUGCUACAAGAACGGAGGAGGCGUCUUCCUGAUCCCCUACCUGCUGUUUAUUUUUGUCGGAGGAAUCCCGAUCUUCUUCCUGGAGAUCGCUCUGGGACAGUUCAUGAAGGCCGGCAGCAUCAACGUCUGGAACAUCGCUCCGCUGUUUAAAGGUCUAGGUUAUGCCUCCAUGGUGAUCGUGUUUUUCUGUAACACCUACUACAUCAUGGUGUUGGCCUGGGGCUUCUACUACCUGAUCAAGUCCUUUAACUCAACCCUCCCGUGGUCCACCUGUGACAACGAAUGGAACACGCCCAACUGCAUUGAGAUCUUCCGUCACGAGGACUGCAAGAACGGCAGCCUCGCCAACGUCACCAUCAGCGGCAACAUGACCUGCGCUGAGAUGGCUGAUGCACGAUCGCCUGUCAUCGAGUUCUGGGAGAACAAAGUGCUGAACAUUUCUUCUGGUUUGGAAGAAACCGGACAGUUUAACUGGGAGCUCAUGUUGUGUUUGAUGGCAGUCUGGGUUAUGGUUUAUUUCUGCGUCUGGAAGGGCGUCAAAUCCACUGGAAAGAUUGUGUACUUCACAGCCACCUUCCCUUACGUGGUCCUCAUCAUCCUGCUGGUCAGAGGAGUCACACUUCCUGGAGCCUACGACGGCAUCAUGUACUACAUCAAACCUGAUUGGUCCAAACUGGAGGAGGCGCAGGUGUGGAUCGACGCUGGCACACAGAUCUUCUUCUCCUACGCCAUCGGGCUGGGAGCUCUGACCGCUCUGGGUAGCUACAACCGCUUCAACAAUGACUGCUACAAGGAUGCCUUCGUCUUGGCUCUGAUAAACAGUGGAACCAGUUUCUUUGCUGGUUUUGUUGUGUUUUCUAUUCUGGGCUUCAUGGCUGCUGAGCAGGGAGUCGACAUCUCGCAUGUCGCUGAGUCAGGUCCAGGUCUGGCCUUCAUUGCAUAUCCGAAGGCGGUCAGUCUGAUGCCGGUGGCUCCUCUGUGGGCGGCGCUCUUCUUCUUCAUGCUGCUGCUGCUCGGACUCGACAGUCAGUUUGUUGGGGUGGAAGGUUUCGUAACUGGAAUCCUGGAUCUGUUUCCUGGAAAACAUUACCAUCGCUACAAAAGGGAGAUCUCUGUGGCAAUAUGCUGUUUACUGUGCUUCAUUAUUGACCUCUCCAUGGUGACGCAGGGAGGGAUGUACGUCUUCCAAUUGUUUGACUACUACUCGGCUAGUGGGAUGACUCUGUUGUGGCAAGCAUUCUGGGAAUGCAUAGUAGUUGCCUGGGUCUACGGUGCUGACCGCUUCAUGGACGAUGUGGCUCGUAUGAUUGGCUACCGGCCUUUCCCCUGGAUGAAGUGGUGCUGGUCCUUCAUUACUCCGUGUGUCUGCAUGGGCAUCUUCCUGUUCCACCUGGUGAACUACAAGCCGCUGAACUACAACAACACGUACGUGUACCCGUGGUGGGGCGAGGUGAUUGGCUGGUGUCUGGCUCUGUCCUCCAUGCUCUGCAUCCCCGUCAGUCUUCUCUACAAACUCUUCAGAGCCAAGGGAACCUUCAGAGAGCGCUGGGCUCACCUGACCACUCCGGUGUGGGGGGCCCAUCACCUGGAGUACAUGGCCCCCGACAUCAAGUCCCUGAGCUCGCUGUCCCCCGGCACCGACGACAACAAGGUCAUCAUCUUCGAGAGCGUCAUGUAGGCCACCAAUCACAGCGCUCCAUCUCCAUCUCCGUCCAUCCCACCUGCGACAAGAUGGCCGACACCUCAGCACCUCCAGAUUCACCUCCACCCUGUACCACACCUCAGUGAUCCAUCGGCCUUGGAUUGAUUGAUUGAUUAAUUGGCUCCUUCCUGGAUUACCUGAUGGAUGUGUCGUCGUCCUCGGCUCCUUCAAACGUCACCAGGCACGAGAGCUACAAAGAGUUUUCAAUAAAAGAACAAAGCAGCUCCUCCAGGAGGGUUUUAUAAUCACAGCUGCUUCCUUUUCCCAGAUUACCACUAAAGUAGAGAUUAAAACCAGCAGAUCACUCGGUUCUCGGACUGUAAAGGGCUUCGACUCGACUCCUCCGGUUCUCACCAUGAAAAUGUAAAUAUCAUUCGUCACGUUUCACAAACCCUGGAGGAGCUGAAGAAGAACGUCCGAGAGAUUCCCUAAACGCUGCUGGACGUCGGGCUUCCUCCAUGUUGGACGAAGAGCAUCGGUCUCGUCUUGUGGUGGGCGGGAUGGACAUGCAGACACACACCUGAGAGACGGCCAUCACACACACACACACACACACACACACACACACACACACACACACACACACACAGCUUCAUGACUUCAUCAUCAAACCAACUGUAAACAUCAACAGAUCAACAGGCAAGUCUAAAGGUGUGGGUCAAAUUUAACAGGCUGUGUGUAACGUAUGUCUGUGUGUGUGUGUGUGUGUGUGUGUGUGUGUGUGAUGGCUGUUUAUUAAGACAGAGUUGUAGACACACAGACUGACUGACCCCCAGAAAAUCCCCAGAGGUCUUAAAAACCUCAGAGAACGUUCUGCUCUUCAGUCAAACGUGCGGCCGGGUUUAAUUCCUGGAGUUCGUUCCUCCAGUUUCGUUGAGACAAACUCAGAGUUUGUUGGCAGGACUGAAGUGUAAAAGAAUGUUCCUGUUAGGAGCAACCAGCGGUCCAUGAACUCACCACGCUGCCAGGAGUCCUGAGAUCAGCCAGCUGACGUCUUUCAGCCAGUUUGUGACUCCGAUUGUUUCGGAUCUAAAUUCAGUUUGACUCAAACCGUCGUCCUGAUGCUUGGCUUGUGUCGACACAUCGACACAGCUCGUGCGCUCCUGAAGCUAAAAACUGUGAAUCACCAGCUCCUAAAUCUGAUCCCAGAGCAGCGUGUGGUUCUCUGACCGCUGACCUCCGAUCUGUUUUCAACAGUCACACCGAGGCUUGAUUCACUCAGGCGACAACAGAUCUGAUAUCAGAAGGAAACUUUUCAUUUUCAAUUUCAGUUUUUAUAUUUUUGUUUAAAAUGAAUUUUUAUGUCCAGUUUCUGAGAUUGUGUUCACUGACUGACUCUGUGAAGGUGAUCCAGCUCUGAAGAGAAGCCUGAAUCAGCAGAGUCUGCUUGGUAAUAACAUUUCUACUGACUGGUUCCUGAAGCUUUCGACCGCGACUCCUGAGCUUCAUCUUUUACGCUCAGCUCCAGUUUGCAGUUUUCUGUGAACAUAAACAAACAGAAACAAAAUGUUUGACUCAAUAAGCUCAACUCAACGUCCACUUGCUGUCUCCACCCGGAACAAGUUUGAUCAUUUGAUGAACUGGUUAAUUCAUUUAUCAAGAAGCUCUGAAGGAAAGCAGCAGUUUAAAGAAGGCUGUUGUGAUAUUUCACAGAUCAAUACUGUUGAUCGAUUAACAGAGAAAAUAAUCAGCAGAUGAACCUGGAACAAAAUCAUCUUGACCACAAGCAGCUGAUCCAGGUUCAGUCUGUGAACACAAACAGAAAAUAACGUUCUCAGAAUAAAUGUGAGGUCACAGUGGAUCUGACCUUUAACCUUUCAUGUUCAGUAUUUGACCUCCUCCUGAGGAGCUUCAGGCCUGUGUGAGAAUCAGGUCAAAGGUCGGGCUUCGUUCUGUGUCCGCCCCCCCCCCGUCCUGCCCGCCCGCCCGCCCGCCGGGGAUCGACUCAAGUGCCAAACGGAGCAGGACUGAUCUGAGACCAGCGCUCCAGGCUGCCAACCUGUUCACUCUUCUUCUUCUCUGCCUCAUAUUCAUCCGUUCAUCUCUAACGCUGAGGUCGUCCCGCUCUUGUCCUUUACAGCUGAUCCACGUCACCUCGCAGGAAAACACAAAGAACCUGGUUUCAAAUAAAAAGUCAAAUUACAGAUUUGAUAAUAAAACUUUUUGAUCUCGUCUUUAACUCAACAGCUGACCCAAAAACUGUUCCUGUUGCUCAGUUUGAUUUGGACUUGAUUCGUAAAAAAUGCAGCAAAAUGGCCGCCAGACAAACACGUGACGAACUCAUCUGCAGCUCAGUUUGCUUCGUGUGUGAUGACGCUGACACAAACAGAACAUGUCAGCUUCUGAAAAACUUUUCUGUCCAAGAAAAUCCAGAUUCUGUUCAGACGUCGUCACAAAACUGAUUUAAAGAUUUAGAUGUUCGUUUAAUGGAAUCCUGAACAGAUGCGUCUAAAAGUUCAUGUUAGAGAUGCGCCGAUGAAACAGGGUCAAUACUGAUGAUUAAAAUAAUUGUUGGUGUGUCUUUCUGUGUUUGUUUAUUCCCCCUUUGUUCCAGGGAAACAAGGAAAUUACACAAAUAGCUGAAGAGUUUUAAAUUCAUUCAGUCCUUCGUUCCUUUAAAUGAGCACAAAUUCACAUUUACACACAUUUACGAACGACCUUUCAAACAACUGCUUCAAAAGUCUUUUUACUAAAUAAAUCAUAAAAACCUACAUUUUACAAGAUUACACUGAACGCAUCAUGAAAAUAUUAAUGAUUAUUAGUUAAUAAUUUAGCUUCGCCCAAUAAACACAUCAUAACGUAACUCAGCGUGACCUCCGUCAGCUGUUAGUUUUGGCCACCAUCUGCUAACAGCUAACGUUAACUAGCGGCUAACAGCUAAUGUUAACUAGCGGCUAACAGCUAACAUUAACUAGCCGCUAACAGCUAAUGUUAACUAGCUGCUAACAGCUAACGUUAACUAGCCGCUAACAGCUAAUGUUAACUAGCCGCUAACAGCUAAUGUUAACUAGCUGCUAACAGCUAAUGUUAACUAGCUGCUAACAGCUAACGUUAACUAGGCGCUAACAGCUAAUGUUAACUAGGCGCUAACAGCUAAUGUUAACUAGCUGCUAACAGCUAACUUUAACUAGCUGCUAACAGCUAAUGUUAACUAGCUGCUAACAGCUGACUUAAAGUAGCUCUUCCCUGCUGACGUGAACACAGGUCUGUUGUUCUUGCUGUAGCAUCAUUAGAGGAAAUAAUAGGACGCAUCGGUAACACGUUACAGCGUCCUUUUGUCCCAACAGUGUCUCGAGGAUGAUCUGUGUUUGCUCUAAACAUGUCUCCUGUUGUACCUGGUACGUCAGGACGAUGGGACAACGGGACACUGCCAAUCUGGAGUCCUGCUUUCUAGUCUGAGACACAACAGAAAAACAUCAAACACUGCUGACGUUCAGCCGAUAAAUCGGUGCAUCUCUAUUUAAUGUAAAUUAAAAACAGUUCCACAUUGUCAUCACAUUUUCUAAAUGUGUCGGCACUGAAGUUGCAACAAUUAGAUGGACAGGAAAUUAAUAAGCAACGGUUUUGACCUACCUACUGUUUAUUUGAUGCUUCUCUUUGUGAGACAUGAACAGUUCUGGAUGUUUGGUCACUUUGGACACAGCAGGAUGUUUCGCUGUUUUCUUAUUGACAAAAUCGUAAAUGGAGAAAAUAAAUUCUGAUUAAUCAAUAAUGAAAAUAAACAUUAGUUGCAGAGUCGUCAUCAGCCUGAGAAACAACUGAUUCAAAUGGUAGAAGAAGAAGUUGUUCAGUGUUUACCUGCGGUCAGCUGGUGCGGAGAUGAGAGCCGGAGGACUCAGCCUGAUGCCAAACGUUGCCUUACGUCGUUGUCUUAACUCUCGAGCCCGUAACGGUCGACGAGCCAAACCCAGAGCAUGACAAGACAUCCCGCGUUCGGCUCUGCUUCAUAUCCCACCAAUCAGCAGUCUGCGGGGGCGUGUCUACAACUCUGUCUCCUAGCAACCACACAGUAUGACGGGAAACAUGAUCAGAAUGUAAAAUAUAGAAAAACUUCAUACAUUUGCACAUUGUUGUAAAAUAAUGUCGCUGGCACUUUGAAAAAGAAACGUGUUGGUGUUUUCUUUUACAUAUUGUAAAAUGAAUCAGAGAUUUAUUUUGUGGAGGCUUUUAUUUUGCUGAUACAAACAGUACGACAGAUCUAUAUUGGAUAUCUUUGUGCGUUAUCUAUAUUUGAUGCAGUAUAUGAUGAUGAUGAUGAUGAUGAUGAUUAUUUCUGGCUGUUUGUUCACGUCUGAGUCGGCGAACACGAGCGCCACAGCGACACCGGCUGCAACCAACCAACGAGCUUCAGGCUACCUCACUUCUCAUUCAGACUUUCAAAAUAACUUCUUUUAGCUUUUUAUGCAAACGCCUUGUUAGCGGCGUGGCUGCAGACAGGAGAGGAUUCUGGGAAGUGUUUCUGGAAACAUCUCCAUCCUCGGCCUGCCUCGUGUCGCAGCUUUAAAGGUUCUCACCAACACCAGUGAAAAUGUAAUAAUCUGAAAAUCUGACCUGCAGGAAGUUCAGUUCACACUUUUUUUGUUCACACAAUUUUUCAGAAAGUUUCAACUUUUGGACUGAAGGUGUCACGAUUUGUGGCUGAUGAAAUUAAAAAUCUGAUGUUGUCGUGUUUUGGUGCUGCGAGACCUUUAAAUGUGUCUGACCGGCUGACGUGGACAAGCAGUGAGGGACAGAGCUUUUAUUUUGGCGGGUUUGCUGCGAUGCAGUGAUGCUGAUGCUUCCUGUGGCUCUGAACACACCACGAAAGGGAAUUUUUUAUUUUUUAUUUUUUGGAUUUCUAAUUUUUAAAGUGCUGAAGCGUUUGAAGAGUUUUAGUUUUAGAUGAUUGUUUUUCUGUGUUUUUCUGGAAAUCAGUAUUUUUUUUUUUAUCCUCUGACCCCCCCCCCCCCCCCCUAAACACACACACACACACACACACACACACACACACACACACAUAAUUAUUAUCAUAAUUAUUAUUUUUAUUCCAAAGCAAAAAGGAAAAAUCUCUAUCUAUCUCUAUCCGCCUGUGUCAUUUGAAAGAAUUAGUUUGCACAUCUUCUCCUUUAUGACAGAUGAUUAAAUUUAAAGAUAAAAAUGUUUUAAAGGCUGAAAAACUGCCAACUGUCACUCUGCCAUUUGUAACAAUCAGAAAGUCGUCGGUCUGAUGAGACGGAGACGUGAAGCACCUCAACAGUUUGCAGUAAAACAGCUACCUCAAUUAAAACCAACAACAUGUGGCGGACAGUAAAGAACUCCAUUUCCCAGCAGUCAGCAGGAGCUUCCAGACAACAAGCAGUUAAUGUGAGACAUGACCAUAUAUGGAGAGUCUCUGUAGCCAAUCAGCUCAGUCUGCCACUCUGUCUCCUCAAAUUACAAAUAAAAACAGACCAAUCUGGUGUCAGUAUAAAUCCUGUCUCUCAGCCAAUCAGAGCGCCCGCUGGCUCAUUAAGACUCAGAAUGAUGAAGAACAACUAGACCAGCCAAUCACGUUAUCGGACACUGCAGGGCGACUCAGCUGAUCAGAAGUGUCUGAAACAAACAUGGCCGCCUCACGUCGGCCAAAGUCAUUAAAGGCGAUUAAACACAAAUUUAAUGGACGUUAGUUCGUCACUGCUGACGAGUUUAACGAAGCUGAAAACAUAACUUUUUUUUAUUUCUCUGAUGAUGUCACAGUAAAAUCUGACCGACGGCUCCUUUAAAGAAAAGAUUCCUGCUCGGAGCGUCUUUAUUUUCUGAGUGGAAACUUUUUGGACUGAAGACGUUUGAAGUUUGAAGUUAAACUGAGAACUUAAGAUUUGACAGUUAAUAAACAGUUUAAUAAUCAGACUAAUCAGUGAUUAUUGAUCAUUAGUCAUUGGCUGUUGAGCAGAGCUGAAGCUGAUUGGCUGGUCUGGUGAGUGGAUUUAAAGUGACGGCGUACAGAGAUGAUGACUGAUGAUUAAAAGUAGUGAGAUUAGAGAUCAGAUGAUGAUAUUUCACUAAUCAAACUAACCCGAGGCAGAAAGUUAUAAAAACAUUAAACUGACGUUUGACACUCUUUUAUUUUUUUAAGUUUUAUCAUUACUAAAUGUCUCGUGUGGGCGGAGCCUGGUGGGUCAGAGCAGGAAGCUAAUAAAGAAAUAAAAUCUGCAGCCAUUUAAGACAAAAGAAAUAUAUAAAUAUAAAUAUAUAUAUAUAUAUAUAUAUAUAUAUACAUUUAAAAAAAACAUCUUGGAAAAAAACCCAAAAUGUACAUUUAGAAAAAAAAACUGAUGUUUCAUGUCAUUUUGUCUUUGUGCUCUCCUGCCAAAAAAAAACACAAAAAAACCCAUCUUGUGACAGAAUCGUUGAUCCAAAGCCGCCGCGCCGAGACAGGAAGUUAUAUUUAAUUACAAAAUAAAAGAGCAUGUUGCCUCUGCAGGUACAGACAGAAAGACAGACAGACAGACAGACAGACGGACUGAUGAUGAUCGCUGACGAUGCUUUUAAAAAGGGUUUGAAUGUUUUUUAUUCUUCAGUGUGGAGACAGACUGACAUCAGACUUUAAUCACAUUAAUUAAAUUAAUCAUCAGAUUAUCAAAACAUCCACUGAUACAUAUGAAUAAACGUCUUUACCAGAGUCACUUCUUUAAGAUUUUUUUUUUUUAAUUUGGAUACUGUGAAAAGAGAAAAAGACCUUUUUGUCAAAAACUAAACUUUUUGUUUAUCAGGCUAAACGCUGCGCUGUAACCUCACAUAUGUUUCCUGUUUUAUUCUGUGCUGUGUGACUCUGUGUCGCAGUCACAGAAAACUUCUUUAAUGAAACAAACACCUUCAGGUCUUUAAUAACGUCCACACAUCUGUCUACACGAAGUCUACCUGUCAGUGAAGGCAUCACCAGUCUGUCUCAGACUCUGACAGCUGAGCUAUGCAAAGAGUCGAGAGCUUUACUCUGUAGUGUCUUGCACAAAAUAGUUGGGGAGCUGCAGGGCUGUGAAAAAACUUUAUUCAGUGUUUAUAGACGACAAUCUAAAAUUUUGUGUUUCUCCUCUCAGACUUUUAUUCUGCACAGCUUCCAGACAAAAUUUAGUGAGACAAAAAUGAUCAAAAUGUUACUGCACAAAUAAAUAAAUGAAUAAAAUUAAAAACAAUAAGAAUUAAAAAUUUAUUUUGGUGGAAAGUCAAAUAUUUCUUCAGGUGUCAGGGAGUCGAUUUCAGCAAAUUUGACCUUAGUGUUUCUAAAAUCCUGCUGACAGCCUCCAAUAUGUGAAUCCCUGAAACUUUAAAAACCAAACGAGUCUAAAGAAUCCACCUGUCUGUCUGUCCGUCCAUCCGUCUGUCUGUCGGCUGUUUUGAUCAUCGAUUCUGUCUGACGAACUUCACCAUCAGCUGGUUUCCGUCAGAGAGCGUCUCGCUGUUCAGAGUAGAUUUCUCUCACAGCUUUUUUUAUGAAAUUCUAAUUUUUAUUUCAGCUUCAUUUUGCUGUAGAGGAUUUUCUUUUUUUUUUUUUUAGAUAUUUUUUAAAAAUAUUUUCAGUGAUUUUUUUAGCCAAAAACAUUGCCAAAGUGUUUUUAACCUCCAAAAAUAAAAUAAAAAACAAAAACGCAAGCUUAAAGGGAAAAAGAUGAUUUUUGUUUGUUUUUUUAUUUUUGUCUCUCGACAGUUUUAGCGCUGGUGCUCCUAAAAAGCUAAAUCAAUAAUCAUGACAUUAAAUAAGUUUCUUACCUUUAAGUCCUUUGGGAAGCUGAAGUUGGAUCAGUGAAACCAGCAGGGGGCGCUCUCCUCCGGUGGGAACUCCCAUCUAUUGUGUUUGGGCCGGAAACACCGCCGCCGGCUUUAACACACAGAGCUCGACAACGAACACGUCACUGACAGGAAACAGGAAACACGUCACUGACAGGAAACGCAUCUUUCACAAAAACAUCUGAAAAACAUCCAAACAUCAGAUAAACUAUUAAAUGAACUAAAUUACAAACGAUAAAAAAGAACGUUGUGUUUAACGAAAAAUGAACUCACAAUAAAAUAAAAACCGUCAGCAUACCUCGCUGAUAGUAUACUUACUGUGAACAUCCACUGAAGCAUCAUGGGAACUGUAGUCGGCCCACAGAGUUGUCGUCAGGUCUUUUCAGUCUGAUAUAAAGAGUCUUUGACGUCGACCAGUUUCUCAUCAGAGAUUUUUGUGUUUUAUAUUUUAUCUGUUUCGAGCUUCCAGAGAACAAAACUUGUGUUUCCAGCCCAAACUCAUCUCCACGGUGACCUCAUUCAUCUCGCCGUCCAUCACUUUUGUUGUAAGUGUGUCUCUUGUGACUUCCUGUGAACCUUCAGUCUUCCAUCCAUAACUGUAGAUCAAUUAAAGGUGAUUAAAGUAGCUUCAUUAAUGAGUAGCUGUGUACUAACGACACUCGGGGCUCCACAUUAACGAGUCACCAGCUAAAAUAAAAAAAAAAAAAGUCAUCGAUGAUGUACGAGUUAACUUUGAGCCCUGAUGAUGUCACUGUGUCUCAUUGACCUCUGACCCCUGCGAGGGUCGUCAUGCUGUAAGUCACUGUGAUCACUGUGCUCAUUCACCGACUAAGAUACGGCAAUAAAAGUAACGUCAUGACAAACA